AUGUCUCUUGUCCUAUCUUUCUUCCUGCUUUUGCUGGUAAUGAAGGAACCAACUGUUGAAGCUAAUCAAAGAGGGGAUGACUGUGUAAGGAAACCUGGGAUAACCAGAAGAAUAGGUGUCGUUAUUGACUACAGCUCCCGUGCAGGGAAAGAGCAGAGAAUAGCAAUGGAAAUGGCAAUCCAGGAUUUCCAUCACUCAACUUGCUCAGGGCACCUGGUUUUGUGCUUCAAAGAUACAAAUGGAAGCUCAGCUCGAGCAGCUUCUUCUGCGUUAGAGCUCAUUGGUAUUGAAAAGGUGCAAGCAGUGAUUGGGGCAAUCAGAAAGCAGGAGGCAAUUAUAGUAUCCGAGAUCGAAAAAACAACAAAUGAUAUACCCAUCAUAUCCCUAACUUCACAUGUCACCAUACCAACGUCAAUGCCUAACCAAUUGCCAUUUUUCAUCCAAUUCAGUAAUGACAUCAACCUCAACAUAAGAUGCAUUGCAGCACUAGUUGAAAUCUUCCGGUGGCGAAAAAUCACUGCAAUUUACGAACACAACAAUGAUUUUUCUGGUGAUUCCGGGUUCAUAACCCUACUCUCCGAUUCACUUCGAGUAGUUGGUUCAGAGGUUGAACAUCACUUAGCUUUCCCACCUCUGUCAUCUGUUUCAGACCAAAAUGGUACCAUAGAAGAAGAGCUAAGGAAGCUGAAGAGCAAGAGCAACAGCGUCUUCAUAGUCGUACAAUCAUCGUUACGGUUUGCUGUCUUGCUUUUUGAGAAGGCUAAGCAAAUGGCUAUGAUGGAGAAAGGCUAUGUGUGGAUUGUCGCAGAUGAAAUUGCAAGCAUUCUUGAUUCUUCAACUCUUUAUAAAAUGCAAGGUGUACUUGGAAUUAGAACAAAUUUUAUAGACUCUAGCAAGUCUUUUAGACAGUUCAAAACGAAAUUCCGAAGGAUCUAUGGCACAAGAUACCCUGACGAAGAAGAGUAUUCUAACCCUAGUAUUUUUGCUCUCCAAGCUUAUGAUGCAGCUUGGACCAUUGCUCAAGCCCUGGAGAAUUCACAAGCAAAUGCCACAUCCAAAGAAUUAUAUAGAGAAAUAUUAUCAACCAAUUAUGAAGGUUUUAGUGGAAAAAUAAGAUUAAAUAAAGUCACAUUAUCACAACAUCCAACAACCUUUCAGAUCUUUAAUGUGGUGGGCAAAAGCUACAGCGAAAUAGCAGUUUGGUCUCCGGAGUUUGGAUUCACAGAAAACUCUGGCAGACAUGAACAAGUGAACACCAGCUUUGGCAACGGGGCUAUGAAAGAAUUAGGCUCAAUUCAGUGGCCUGGUGGUGUGCAAACUGUUCCAAAGGGAUGGACUAUCGGUGAUGAGGAGAAACCGCUGAAAAUAGGGGUUCCUGCCAGGGGUGCCUUUAAGCAGUUUGUGAAAGUGAGCUAUGAUCAAGGCAAGACCGGUUCGUAUGUUACUGGAUUUUCAAUUGAUGUGUUCGAAGCAGUUGUUAAGUAUCUGCGUUAUCAAUUGCCUUACGAAUUGGUUCCAUUCAUUGGCACAUAUGACGAAAUGGUGGAAGAAGUGUAUCGCAAGGGAUUAGAUGCAGCAGUUGGAGAUACAGAUAUAAUGGCAGAUAGAUGUCAGUAUGCCGAGUUCUCACAGCCAUAUGCUGAAUCUGGACUUAUUAUGGUAGUCACUGUAAAACAAGAUAAGUCAGAAGAAGUAUGGAUGUUCAUGGACACCUUUUCAAGGAGAAUGUGGCUAAUAACUAUAACAAUGCACAUUUUUAUAGGAUGUGUUAUUUGGCUAAUUGAGCAUGAAAAUAACCCUGAACUCAAUAGGUUUGGGGCAAUGCUUUGGUUCUCUGUCACCCUCAUAUUCUUCGCGCAAAGAGAACAUUUAAGGAGCAAUUUAUCUCGAUUUGUGCUGGCGCCAUGGCUGUUUUCUAUUCUAAUUAUAACAGCAGGUUUCACUGCAAGUCUCACCUCCAUGUUGACAAUCUCGCGCCUCCAACCAUCUGUUUCAGAUAUUGAGACACUUCUGAGAACAAAUGCACCCGUUGGGUGUAAUGGGAAUUCGUUUAUUGUGAGGUAUUUGAUCAAUGUCAUUGGUUUUAAGGCAGAAAACAUCAAGAAAAUUGAUUCUAUUAAUGACUAUCCGGACGCCUUUAAGAAGGGAGAUAUUAAAGCAGCUUUCUUUGUUGUCCCUCAUGCAAAAGUCUUCCUUGCAAAGUAUUGCACAGGGUACACCAUGACAGGACCUACCUUCAAGCUCGGUGGUUUUGGCUUUGUGUUUCCGAAAGGUUCUCCGCUGACAUUUGACAUUUCGGAGGCAAUCCUCAGAGUAAAGGAAAGUGGAGAAAUGCGGCAACUGGAAGAGCACUUGCUCUCCUCCUCCAACUGCUCCUCCUCAACCUCUAUAACUGAUGGCUCAAGUCUAGGUCCUAGGCCUUUUUCUGCCCUAUUUUUCAUUUCAGGUGGAGUUUCAGCCUUUUUGAAACCUGGUGUCUGGUGA